AUGGCCACGAAUAUCGAUACAACUGCAACACAGUCUACAACAAUGGAUUUUUCCGUAGCUGGUGAAACACUUGAAUUUGGAAAUAAUAAAACAAAUAUUUUAGCUUAUUGGAAGCAAAUAAAUGCUUUUCAAACAAGUAAUAAAUUAUUCAAAGAUCGACCAAAUCCACCGUUUGCUACUGAUCUUCCACAUUACGGAUGUAUUCUAGCUGCAAAAAUCAAAGAUACAGUAACUCGAUGGGCUUAUCAAACAGGACAUCACGUUGAACGUCGAUUUGGUUGGGCUAAGAUGAGUAUUGCUGCUUAUAAGAAUCAUUGUCGACAAUUUGUUAUACGAUAUGUUCAAGAGUGGGAGAUAACGCCUCAUUCAAUAGGUUGUUGUACAUUAUUAUCAAAUUUCGAAGUUGAUCAAAAUUAUAAAAAUACAAAUGAUCUGGUUGUUUGGGUAUCGUUUCCUCUUGUUGAUGAUCUAACAGUUAAACUUGUUGCUUGGACAACAACUCCAUGGACAUUACCAUUGAAUCUUGCACUUUGUGUUAAUCCAAACUCAGUUUAUGUUAAAAUUCUUGAUAAAAUGACGAAUGAAGUUUUUAUUUUAAUGAAAAAACGAUUAUUUGAAUAUAGAAAAGUUGAUUUUUAUAGUUUAAAAGAAAGUCAUUUAAAAGAAAUGCAUUAUACACCAUUAUUUUCUUAUUUCGCUGAUGUAAGAUUUUUUUCAAAUAUUUUUUUAUUAUAUUUAAUAAUAAAGAUAAAAACAGCUUUUCAUUUACUAUGUGAUGAAUAUUUCACAAAAGAUAGUGGUACAGCUGUUGUUCAUCAAGUUCCAUAUUUUGGAGAAGAUGAUUAUCGUGUUUGUCUUGUAAAUGAUGUUAUCAAUAAAGAUACAGGAUCUGUUGUUUGUCCAAUUGAUGCUCCAUGUCGAUUUACGGAUGAAGCGAAAGAUUUUCAAGGACAAAAUAAAAAAUUAACAAAAUGUUUACUAUAA